AUGAUGGAAUACUUGAUCCCAUCAGUUUCAGCACCAACAGCACAUACUAAGUGUGCACAAAUGGCUUCCAUUGUGCCCCUUUUCUCUCUACUAUCAUUAUUCUUGUGUUGUGUUCUUGCCAAGAAAGACAUGAAAGUGGCCCCUUUGACAAAUUGGGCUGAUCAUAGAGACCGAUCUCUACAGUCAAAUCAUGUUUUCAGUGUGCUCAGAUAUGGGGCUUACGGGGAUGGACGCCACGACGACACAAAGGCAUUGUCAAAGGCGUGGGCUGCAGCUUGCUCCUCUUUGAAUCCUAGCACUGUGCUCAUCCCCAAGGGCAAGAAAUGCCUGACGAAGCAUGUAACUUUCUUUGGCCCAUGCAAAUCCAGUAUCAAGUUAAUGAUUGAAGGUACUUUGGUAGCUCCUCCAAAGAGAUCAUACUGGAUAGAGGAUACCAUUAGGCACUGGAUUUUGUUCAGAUCUGUGAGAGGUCUUACUGUCACCGGUGGUGGGACCAUUGAUGGAAAUGGAAAAAUUUGGUGGCAGAACUCCUGCAAAGUAAACACAAAACUCCCUUGCAGGCAAGCUCCAACGGCUUUGACGUUCUAUUCUUGUACAAAUCUGAAAGUGAAUAAUUUAGAAGUGUUGAACAGCCAACAAAUCCACAUAUCAAUGGAGCGUUGCAGCGAUGUAAGGAUGUCACGCCUAUCAAUCAGAGCACCCAGCACUAGCCCCAACACCGACGGCAUCCAUAUCGCCCAUAGUAAGGAUGUGAAAGUCAUGGACUGUGCAAUCAAGACUGGGGACGACUGCAUGUCAAUUGAGGAUGGGACUGAGAAUCUACAUGUCAAGAACAUCGUGUGUGGACCAGGGCAUGGGAUAAGCAUUGGGAGCUUAGGUGAUCGCAACUCUCAAGCUCAAGUUGCAAACAUCACCAUUGACGGGGUGCGACUGCACGACACGGCGAAUGGAGCUCGUAUCAAGACAUGGCAGGGUGGGCGGGGUUAUGCAAAGAAUAUUGUGUUCAAGAACAUGAUAAUGGAUAAUGUACGGAACCCGAUCAUUAUCGACCAGAACUACUGCGACUCGGCUACACCAUGUAAUAAACAGAAAGUGGCUGUGGAGGUGAGCAAUCUGUUGUUUAAGAACAUUAGGGGGACAAGUGCCUCAAGAGAGGCUAUCAAGCUCAGUUGCAGUAAAGCUGUACCUUGCCAUGGGAUAGCCUUGCACAACGUCAGGCUUACUCUAAAACGAGGGGGUGGUGAUGCAAAGAGCACCUGUCAGAAUGCAAAAUGGAGGAAAUUGGGAACAGUUAUGCCACAGCCAUGUAGUCUCAACGAUUGA